AUGGAUUGGAUUAAAAAUAAUACUCUUGUACUUUAUCCUGAGGAUAAUCUUGAUUUACAACAAUAUUGUUCUUCGUCAUCAUCUUCACAAAAAUCAUCUUAUACACUUUAUUCAAUUAUUAAUCAUGAUGAUUCAUUGAAUGACGGACUUUAUACAAUAUUUUGUCGAGAUAUUAUGAAUAAUCAACAACAAUGGUUUGAAUUUGAUGAUGAAAUAAUAAAAUAUUUACAUUCAGAUAAAUUAUGUUUCAAUUCAAAAGCAUAUCUCUUAUUCCUAUAUGGUGAAGUAGACAAUAGAAUCAACGAAAAUGCAGUUUUUGUAAAAUUAUUUUUAAUUUGA